AGUACUGUACAGUACCGUCCCCCACCGGCCCCAGGAGCCACCGUUACUCCCACAUCCUAAUUAACUCAACCGCCAUUAAUAAACGAAUUCAGCACCGUACGAGUAUGACACAGUACUGUACAGUCCUUCGAUCCGGAUUCAGUCAAGUUCAAAGGCAAUUGCUCACAGAUAUCAAUCUGCUGCAGGCAUAUUUCUCACCUGUAGCGCUUAACCGACAUGGCAGAUGUUGGUACGAGCACACUGGUGCCGCCCAUCCUGAGCCUGUGGGGUAUUCACUUUAUCCUGCAAAGACAUUGCAGUGCUCAUCGCAGCAUCCCGAUACCAGUGCGUGAAGGAUCUUCUACCGUGCCCCCAUAUGCGUGCCUUGGCGAUCGGAUAUGCACCACUGGACCACUCGAGUACCGUAUGCUUCCAGAUAUUGCACCUUUUGGUACCGUCGCACAGCAAGACCCCAAAGCAAAAGCACGAUAAUUACAGCGCUAAUUCAUGCAAGAAUAAGGAGGUUCGGAGUUCUCAAUGCAACUAGCGUUGUACACGGUGCACUUUAUUCACAGGAAGAGAGGUUUUUAAUGUCUAUUUUCUCGAGCUGGAACUUAUUGUGACCCGAAAGAUGCACUGUACCCCGGUUGGCAGCUUGGAAAUCUAUCGUGGUUGAAAAGCACAGACGUACUGUACUGUACAGUGCAGUACAUUGCCGGGUUAUCGAGAAUUUCCAACCUCCCUAAUUGGCGCUACUUUCUGUGCCAGUGCUUGCAAUGUUUAUAUUGCCUUCAAGCGGAAUACAAGUGUUCAUCCAUAUUUUCUUCAAUCGGUUUAAUCCACCAAAGAGAUGCUCCAAAUGUCCCGCAGUGCCCGCGUUGCACAAAAAACAAUGUGCAUGCCAUCGUCCGACUGGCUACGAUCACAGCGAAAUGAUCGUGUUAACUAGCGCAUGGAAAUAAUUCAUUCCGUUUUCAUAAUAGCUAAUUACCCCACCAGCCCAUACCAGCACCAGAGCAGAGGGCACAGCAAUCGGAAUCUUCGAAACGCACGCCAACUGCCCGAGGCAAAGGUUCAAUCCCCCAAGUCGGGAACGGUGCCGCAGACGUCUUACAAAUGAGACAUUAGCCAACCUCUUACAACUGGAAUUCCCGUACGCCAAGUGAUCACCGCUAAUGGCUCCCCGGUCCCGAGCUCCGUACGGUUAGUUGCACUACCGCGACGCUUCUGUACGAGUACCGGCUCGACCUUGCGCUGAAGAUACGUGGUAUUGGUGUUUCUGUGGGGGUCUGUCAGGUCAUAAUUCUGUUGUGCUCGUGCAAGCAAUGUCUCCUCGUACGCCUGCAGUGCUUG